AUGAACCCCCCUCCUGGAUUAGGCGAUGAUGAUGAACAACCAAUUGGUCCUCCACCUGGCAUCGAUGCACCCAAAAAAAAGAAAUUUCACAUAAACAAAAAAUUAAGUUAACAACAGACCUCAUUGGAAUCCUUGAAUCUUGAACUCAAAGUUACUGUGAAAGACCAACACUUCGAUCAAGUAUUGUUCUAUUGCCAAUUCUAGAUUCCUAUCGCAGAUGAAUAUUUGGAACCCUCCAUGAACAAUUUAAUUGCAUUUGAUGGACAUUUAUGUGAUACCUCGGGAUCUGAUUCUUUAGCCCUCUGGGAUCAAGAAAUGAAAUUAAAAAAGGAGUACAAGGGAUUGAUUGAAAAUAUGCCGUACUCAUUAGUUGCAGUGCAUGAUAAAAUUUAUUUGAUUUUCGGGGACACACUACUCCUGUUACAACCUGAAAUUAAUAAGAAGACAUUUUUAAUAGAAUAACCACUUACCGCCUUUUGCGUAUCAGAUCAUACUAAUCCAAGAAUUGUAGGUGUCAAUGAAGGCGAAAUUACUCUCUGGAGAACCUCUAAUCUAGGCAAACCCAAUCUUUAAGAACCCAUCUUUAAUAAUUUUGCACCUAAAUCCAAGGAACUCAUAGAAUUACAAAAAAUCUUAUCUGAAAAAUUAGAAGAAUGCGAUGAUCUCUUGAUGUUGUAAAAUGGACUGGUUUUUGCUAAACAAAAAAAAGUAGGUGAAGUGUACAUAAUUGAUUUUGAAAACGACCAAUUAGAAGAAUUGUAAACCACCUAUGGAUGUGCUGUGACAUGUUGGACUCCAAUUUCUUAUGAUUCAGUUGCUUUUGCCUCUAAUGGUCAGAUAGUACUCACCAAAUUUGUAAAAAACAAACAGGCUGUUGUCCAAAUUGUAUUGAGUUCUUCUAAAGAUGAUAUUCAUCACGGAUUGUGUUACUCCAACAAUCAUCUAUUCUCAAUCAAUAAGAAUGCUGUCGUAACUUCUUGGAACAUUCAAACAGGCACCAAAAUCAAAACUGCCGAAGUCAAAUUCUGUCCUGGAGUCUACUCCUUGUAAUUGAUGAAUCCAGAAAUCAUUAUAGCUGAACACAAAGACAAAAAAGACUUCAUUCUAUUGAACACCCACCUAGAAAAGCAAUUCUUCUACAAAGCUAGAGUCAAAUAGGUAUUGCAUUGCUGUUCCAGUCCAAAUGGAUAGUUCAUAGCAUUAGUCUAAAAAUGCGGAUUGCUCUAUGAUGAAGAAGUUAUAUUUCACAUUGAAAUUGAAGUCUACCCCUUUGACAACAAAUUGGAAUUUGAGAGAAGAAAAGAAAUCGAUAACCUAGAAAUCAAGACAGUCAUGUUUAUGAACGAUUCAACCAUAUAGUACAUCUUGAAAAUCUCAAAAAGUGUCAAUCCCAUUCUAGUCAAAUGGAAUUACCUAACCAAUGAGUAUAAUGAAGAGGAAAUGUUGGUUGAGAAGUACAAGACAUGCUAGUUGUACUUCAAUAGAUCAGUAUUCAGUUAUGACUUUAAACCAGCUCCAUCUUAGUAGUUCAAUCUCUUUGGACCCAAAAGAAUCGAUGAUGCUAAUCUAAUCACUGGAAUCAGUGUGUAUGAUGAGAAUAUUAAAAGACUAUUGAAAGUGCAAUUUUAAUAAUAGUUUAAUGCUGAUGUUUUUGGAAUGCCUUGUCAAAAUUUACUUUAUGUUCUGAAUAACAAAAAUCAAAUUGAAGUGUGGGACAUCAACACUUAGCAAUAGGUUUAAAAAGCUGAUUGUCGUCCAAGUGUUGUGAAGUAGAUGAAAUUUAGUGAGUAGUAUCUGUUGCUGAAUGCACAGUCUGAGUGGAUCAUUAGGGACUUGAAGUUGAGUCAGAUUUGCAAGACCAAGGGGGAACUCAUCAAUAAAUGUCUGUUUUUGAAUUAGAAAUGUAUCAUAAACCAAAAAUAGAAUUUAUUCAGAAUGGGAUUUGAGUAGCAAUCAAUGCAAAUAGAUACCUAUUUUCAAGGUUUAUGA